AUUCUGCUUGCCCUAAAUUUGAAAGUCUAUAAGUUGUUCGCGAAAUAUAUUUGUGUUAGUCAAUGGCUGGCAGAGGAAGAGGAAAAUUCCCUUUUAAUAGUAGUCAACAAAAUAAUAUAAAAGUCCAAAAAUGUGCGAUUGAAGAUCCUAUUAAUAUCUAUCUUAGAAUGUCUAAGAACUUCCCAGUUUCUCCUAAUUCUGAGUCUAUUCAAAUCUGGAUGAAGGAUGUGCUAAACGAGGUUACAAUAAAUCCUGAGAUAGCAAUUGAGGUAGCAAAAUAUUUACAUUUGUUUACCAAUAUUAGGAGAGAUGACCCUUCUGUUGGCUCCCAAAUUAAAAGAUGUUUUCUUCAAGAAUUAGAAUUGUCAUAUAAUGGUUACAUACAUAGUGAAAGUGAUUCAUUUAAGUAUCGAAAUUUUACUUAUUUCUUUGGAGCUUCUACAUAUUUUAUAAGAGAAUCUGGCAAUCCUCCAUUGAAAGAUCUAAUGGCAGCUUUAUUAAUUUUAAUUAGUAAGCUGAAUAUCAUUGACGAUAUUGAGGAUUUUAUUGUAUAUUCUAAGUGUGUAGCCUGGUUAUCCAGACUCAUUACUGACCCAAUGGAUGGAUCUGUUUUGUCAGUUGCCUAUAAGGAAGCAUUAAAUAGGCUGAGAGAACUUAUAGCCUCAGGGAAAGGAAAUUUGAUCUGUUUGGCAUGUCUAGAAAAAUCUGUUAAUCAAGGAAUAUUAAAAGAAUCUAGUCAGGAAUUUUAUCAUGAAUGUUUGUCAGAAACUGAUUUUAAAGCAGUUAAAAGUGAUUUAUCGAUCACCAUUCCUGUUGGGGAUAAAUAUAAAUUUAUAUUAGACUCCUUUACUAAUGUUACAUAUAUAUGAUAUGGUUUAAUGUAAAUGGGCUUUUAGUUUAUACUCCUCAAAAUGAUUUGUUUUUUACUUUAAUUUGUAUAUGUAGUAGUUUAAGAAUUUAUAUUCUUAAAUUUAAUUUGUAAAAUAUUA